AGCAGCCAUGUCUUCUCCAAACACCAUCGCCGUCUCCCCGUCGCAUCUCAUGCACGCCUGCCUCGCCUACCUCAGCGCCGAGCUCGUCACCUUCGAUCGAAUCAUCGCCCUCCGCUCGCGCCACGCCCUCCGCGUCGCGACCCCGACCCCGGCCGCUUCUCUCGUGUCUCUGCCCAGCGAGGUCCUUCUCGAGAUCCGAUCCCACCUCACCGCUUUUGUCAACGCGGACCUCAAGACCGCGACCGCCUGCGCGCUCAUCGACCACGAAGCCGCCGUCCGCACGUCCCUCUGCCCCGACUGCCUCACGUACAACCGCGAGGUCUUCGGCGAGGACUCUUGGGGCUGGUCCAACUUCAGCGGCGGAUGCGACUGCGGCCAGAUCGGCUCCGGUGCCGUCGCCGCCUCCCCGGACAAGAAAGAGGUGGUCGCGUACAAGGACAAGCACGCCUGGCUCGAGGCCCACCUCUCCGGCCAGUCCCCGUCCGGCGUGCAUAUAUGGGACGUGGUCGAAGGCGUGCUCGACGAGUUCGGAUGCAGACUGUCGAGGGAAGCCCCGCGCGGGCGUGUGGAGGUCAUUCCCGUCGCCGUCGGGGCCGUUGAGCAACGCGUAGCUCUCUGGCGUUUGGACGCAGAGCUCGGAUUGAGCGCCGGCGAGGACGACUCGGACGCUUUUCCGUCCGAGCCUCCCUCGCCAUCGCCGUCAAAACUUGCUCCCAUCAGGCGCUCGGUCAAGCCCAUGACCGUGAACCUCCCCUCCGUCCCGGCUACGGAGUGUACUUAUACACCACGAUUCACGACAAUCGCCGCCGCGGCUCUCCUGGCGCCGAUCUCGUUCGUGCGCAAGGCCGCGAGCAAGGAACCCGUUCUGCUCGCUGGCUUCGUCUCCGCGCUCGCCGUUCGUGUCGCCAUCGGCUGCCUCAUGGCAUAAAGCAACCCUGUCCCGUUCUCUUACGUUUCUUAUCUCUCUCCACGCUCCUCAUCCGUACUCACUCAUCUGCAAUAACCUUCGUUCUGCAUCCUCGCCUUCAAAACGGCGUUCACGUCCCCAAUCGUACACUCUUAUAAUUAUCGCAUACUGCUUGAACGUAGACCAUCGCAUCGUCACUGUAGCAUGACCAUCCAUUCAUCCAUCCC